AAAUAAAUUAGAUUAAGAAAUAUCUACCAGACUUCUGGUUCAAGAUGUUGGAAGUGCAGGUCUAAAAGCCCAGGGAAGUUAGAGUUGGACAGAUAGAUCCGAAUUUCAAAUACAUACCUAGAGAUGAUCAUUGAAUCUGUUGGGGCUGAUGAGAUCACGUGAACUAGUGUAGACAGAGGAGAGAAGAGGGCGCAGGAGAAAAGUUAGGGGGAUACCCAUGGGCAGUGGGGCUUAAGGCCUGUAGGAGUUUAGGGUCUCCCCUGCCUUGCUCCUUGGUCCUUUCUCUGAGUUGCUUCUGCUUUUUCUUCCUUUACCUUAUGUCUUAGUAUUGAUACUAAGGCAGAAGGCCACAUGGGCUAGGCAUUUGGGGUUAAAUGACUUGCCCAGGGUCACAUAGCUGGAAAGUGUUUCAGGCCACAUUGACCCUCCUUUCUCCAGGCCCUGCUCCAUCCACUGCCUCUCUCUGAGUUUCUGACCUCCUCUCCCUAUCUUCUCUACCUGUGCUCGUCUUGUGGGUCGAACAUGCCAAGGGCCCUUUCACCCGUCAGAGCCUGGGAAAUAGGCAUUUUUAAUCUGUUUGGUUUUUCCUGUGAGGCCUAUUAGACUGAUCUCUUUGAAGAAGUCAUGGGUCUAAUUGGGCUUCUGGAGCAUGAGGUAAUCAACACUGUAAUCAUCUGAGAAUGGGCACAUCUGACUGUCUCUCCAUUUUUAGGGAAUUCCUUCAGUGUGGUGUAAUGGAAAGAGCACCAGAUCUGGACCGAGGGCCUGAGGACCUGCGAUGCAUUCCCUCCCACUUCUCCUCCUCACUCCUUGUUGAACCGUGGCCAAUUCCCAGAACCUCUCCGUGCCUCCCGUUCCUUAUCUAGCAACUUCAGAAGUUGUAUUAGAUGAUCCCUGCGAGGCCCUUUUAAUAGCCAUCCUUCCAAGCCUAAUUCAAAUGCCUCCUCCAGAAAGUUCUCCGAGACGCUUGCUUGUGCUAAUAGCUUUGUCCCUCGCCCUUCAUACACCACCCUGUUCUCUACCUCUUCAAUGACGGUGAGGGAAAUAAACAGAUGGAAGUCCUUCUCUAUCUAGUUGGGACUCACACCAAGACAUGACCCAAGAUGAGAACAUGAGCUCGAACCAGAGUCAUUAGAGAAGCAUGGCUGACAAAAAUGGGGCCCUCAAAUGCACCUUCUCUGCUCCUGGCCACAGCACAACCCUCCUGCAGGGACUCGCCACGCUCCGAGCCCAGGGCCAGCUCCUCGAUGUCAUUCUCACCAUCAACAAUGAAGCGUUUCAAGUCCACAAGGUGGUCUUGGCGGCCUGCAGUGACUAUUUCAGGGCGAUGUUCACUGGAGGGAUGAGAGAAGCCAGCCAGGACAUCAUUGAGCUCAAGGGUGUGUCCGCCAAAGGCCUGAAACACAUCAUUGACUUUGCUUACAGUGCCGAAGUGACCCUCGAUCUUGACUGCAUCCAGGAUGUUCUGGGAGCUGCGGUUUUCCUCCAGAUGGUUCCCGUGGUUGAGCUCUGUGAGGAGUUCCUCAAGUCCGCCAUGAGCGUGGAGACGUGUCUCAACAUCGGCCAGAUGGCCACCACCUUCAGCCUGGCCUCCCUGAAGGAGUCGGUGGACGCCUUCACGUUCCGGCACUUCCUGCAGAUCUCGGAGGAGGAGGACUUCUUGCAUCUGCCCCUGGAACGCUUGGUCUUCUUCCUGCAGAGCAAUAAGCUGAAGAGCUGCAGUGAGAUCGACCUCUUCCGGGCGGCCAUCCGCUGGCUGCAGUACGACCCCACGCGCCGGCCCGGUGCCAGCCAGGUGCUCUGCCACAUCCGCUUUCCCCUCAUGAAGUCGUCGGAGCUAGUGGACAGCGUCCAGACCCUGGACAUCAUGGUGGAGGAUGUGCUUUGCCGGCAGUACCUGCUCGAGGCCUUUAAUUACCAAAUCUUGCCCUUCCGCCAGCACGAGAUGCAGUCUCCACGGACCACCAUCCGCUCGGACGUGCUCUCCCUCAUCACGUUUGGGGGCACGCCCUACACGGACAAUGACCGCACCGUCAGCGGGAAGGUCUACCACCUGCCCGACCCCGGCUCCCGCCAGUUCAAGGAGCUGACCGAGAUGGAGGUGGGCUGCAGCCACACAUGCGUGGCGGUCCUGGACAAUUUUGUGUAUGUGGUCGGGGGCCAGCACCUGCAGUACCGGAGCGGCGAGGGGGCGGUGGACAUCUGCUACCGCUACGACCCUCACCUGAACCAGUGGCUGCGCAUCCAGGCCAUGCAAGAGAGCCGCAUCCAGUUCCAGCUGAACGUGCUGUGUGGGAUGAUGUAUGCCACUGGCGGGCGCAACCGGGCAGGGAGCCUGGCGUCCGUGGAGAAGUACUGCCCCAAGAAGAACGAGUGGUCCUACGUGUGCUCCCUGAAGCGCCGGACGUGGGGGCACGCGGGGGCCGCCAUGCACGGCCGGCUCUACAUCUCUGGAGGCUACGGCAUCUCGGUGGAGGACAAGAAGGCGCUGCACUGCUACGACCCGUCUGUGGACCAGUGGGAGUUCAAGGCCCCCAUGAAUGAGCCCCGCGUCCUGCAUUCCAUGGUUAGCACCAGUAGCCGCAUUUACGCCCUCGGGGGCCGCAUGGACCACGUGGACCGCUGCUUCGACGUGCUCGCCGUGGAGUACUACAUCCCUGAGGCCGACCAGUGGACCAUGGUGAGCCCCAUGCGGGCAGGCCAGUCGGAAGCUGGCUGCUGCCUGCUGGAGAGGAAGAUCUACAUCGUGGGGGGCUACAACUGGCAUUUGAACAAUGUGACCAGCAUCGUUCAGGUGUAUAACACAGAGACGGACGAGUGGGAGAGGGACAUGCACUUUCCAGAGUCUUUUGCGGGCAUUGCUUGUGCGCCCGUCCUCCUGCCCCAGAUUGCUGCCGUGCAGAGAUAGCCCUGGAGGCUCCCCUAGCGCUGGCCGCCCUGGGUGCUCGUUGCCAUCUGCACGGGGCUUCAAGUUCAUGCAGUGGAUGCUUUUAUCUUGUCUUUGUUUGCCAAUAGCAGCGCGCUGUGCCAAAGGCUGGGGGAAAGUCAGGGUCUGGGUCAGGAGUGUUGAGAUCCAGUCCCUGGGGUCCCUCCUCUUCCUCUUGUCUGAGAUUCUGGCAGCCAGGGUUGCUGAGAGCCCUUGCCAGGGCACUGGGCCGAACGUGUCAUGGCUGAAAAUCGCAUUGUGGGCUGUUCCUCUCCCCCCAUUGCCCUUCAUUUCACAACACUAUCUCAAAUGAGAGAGAACCCAUCAGACUUUUGUUUUAAGUUGUUGCUUUUGUUUUGCUUUUCGUCCUUUCUCUCAGUCCUGUGGUUUCCGAACGAGUCCAGACGUGAUUUCAUUAGUGUUGAGUGGCUCCCCAAAGUUAGUGGGAUGCCUUUUCCCCCCAUUCCAAGUUGCUUUGUGCGUGUGUUUCUAAAAUAAAUUUAACCAAAACUUUUAUAACAUACGGACCUCCAGGAGCAGAAAGAGACGACUGGAGACUGAAAUAGUUGAGGUUUACGGAUGAUGAAAGCGCAUUCUUGCCUCUCAAUAAGUGAUUUUUCCCCCUGAUGCCUGAGAUGCAUGAAGAUGUCUUUCUGCAUAGUGUGGUGAUGAGCGGAGGGGCCAGCCCAGUUCCCCUGGGCCCUCACUUCCCUCUCUUGAGGGCUUCAUUCCGUAGCCUGCACCUGGCUCCCUGCCUGCUUUCAGAGCCAGCCAGACCUCCUCACCCACUUUCCUCAGUGCAAAAUUCACAACCAAAGAAACCUCUGGAGAUAACCACAGUCCUCAAAGGCCAUUGGUGUCUGCUUGUUUUUAAAUUUCAUCCAUAAAUGCUGGAUGGGGCCUUAGUGGGGGGAGAGAAAAUGGGAUCCAUGGAAAAGCCCAAACCCUGGGCCCAUUGUUCUCCUGGGAAAGCAUGUCUGAUUUUCUUUUAGUUACCUUCUCAGGUUCCCUUUUUCAUCAUCAUCCUCAUCCUCAACAACCUCGUAGAGCCCAUCAUUCACACUUGAUAGCUCCCUAAGGUUUAUAAAACACUGUCUUGGCAGCCACUGGGUAAGUACAGAUAUUUUAUCCCCAUUUUAUAGAUGGGGAAAUGGAGGUUCAGAAACAAAGAAGUAGCCUGUUCAGAGUCAGGUAGGCAGUGAGUUGCAGAGUCAGGACUUGAACUUGGGACUGUAGGCUCCAAGCCCAGAGCUCACUCCUCUGGCUUGCAAUCUCCUGUGGUGCAGCGGACAGGAAUCCUUGGUAUUUGGGGUCUUUUCCACAAAGAUUCCGGCCCCCUUCUCAGCCACUGCAGUUUUGUUGUUUGAAACUCCACAGGAUGGACGCUGAUGUCUUAUAAAUAAAGAUUUGUAUCCUCUUGAGGCCAUGUCGGCUGUCUCCUUUGCUACUAACACUGGUGGGCCAAGUUCUUCCUGUGACCAGGUACCAUAGAAAGAAGAAACCUCCUUCUGGGCUAACUGUUUCCCCCAGGGUGUGUCCUCCUGCUCUCCUUGCUCCCUGGGGAGGAGGGACAAAGCAGAAUUUGUGCCGUCCCAACGACGACCUCGGAAAGGUUCGCCGGUGCUUGGCCAGCCCUCUCAGCAUGUCGGGGAUCCUUGUCGCCUGUGUCCCGGAAUGAGAACUGGGGUGGGGGGAGCCUCUGCCUGGCUAGGGGGCACUACUCAUGCAGCUGCAGCCACCAUAGCAAUCCUUGCCAACUUUUGGAAAAUGCAGUCAAAUAAAAUUCUUAUCCAAGGGUGAAA